CCGCGCCGCGAGGAGCCUAGUUGAAGCGGGUGGCGGCGGAGCGCACCCCCUCCCCCCGCCAAAAAGCCCUAAACCAAAACAAAAACAAACCGCCCCUCACCCUCGGCCACCCGCCGCCCCUGCCGAGCCCCGGAAAUGGUGGCGCCGGGAGGGGGCUCCGUCAGCCGCGGGUGCUGAUCCGGCCGCCGCGUCCCCUGCCCGUUCUCCCCGCCCAUGGGCGAGACAUGGACUACGAGUUCAAGUCGAAGCUGGCGGCCGAGCGCGAGCGGGUGGAGGACUUGUUCGAGUACGAGGGCUGCAAAGUGGGGAGAGGCACCUACGGGCACGUCUACAAGGCCCGCCGCAAGGACGGCUUUUACGAGAGUUGAAGCACCCUAAUGUGAUUGCAUUGCAGAAGGUUUUCCUUUCUCACAGUGACAGAAAGGUUUGGCUGCUGUUUGAUUAUGCUGAACACGAUUUGUGGCAUAUUAUCAAGUUUCACCGUGCCUCAAAAGCAAAUAAAAAGCCGAUGCAGUUGCCAAGAUCUAUGGUUAAAUCACUACUCUACCAGAUCCUUGAUGGAAUCCAUUACCUCCAUGCAAACUGGGUGCUUCACAGAGAUCUGAAACCAGCAAACAUUCUGGUUAUGGGUGAAGGUCCGGAAAGAGGAAGAGUCAAAAUAGCUGAUAUGGGCUUUGCAAGAUUGUUCAACUCACCUUUGAAGCCAUUGGCAGACUUGGAUCCAGUUGUGGUUACAUUCUGGUACAGAGCUCCAGAGCUGUUACUUGGAGCCAGACAUUACACAAAGGCCAUUGAUAUUUGGGCAAUUGGCUGCAUAUUUGCUGAACUAUUGACUUCGGAACCUAUAUUUCACUGUCGUCAGGAGGACAUCAAAACAAGUAAUCCUUUUCAUCAUGAUCAGCUAGAUCGCAUUUUCAGUGUAAUGGGAUUCCCUGCAGAUAAAGAUUGGGAAGACAUAAGGAAGAUGCCAGAAUAUCCAACUCUUCAGAAAGAUUUUAGGAGAACAACAUAUGCCAAUAGUAGCCUCAUAAAAUAUAUGGAGAAACACAAAGUGAAGCCUGACAGCAAAGUUUUUCUUUUGCUUCAGAAGCUUCUUACUAUGGACCCUACAAAGAGAAUUACCUCAGAGCAGGCUUUGCAGGACCCCUACUUUCAAGAGGAUCCUCUGCCUACAUCAGAUGUAUUUGCUGGCUGUCAGAUUCCAUAUCCCAAAAGAGAAUUCCUUAAUGAAGAUGAACCUGAAGAGAAAGGGGAUAAGAAUCAGCAGCAGCAGAAUCAGCAUCAGCAGCAAACGGCGCCUCAGCAGCAGCAGCCACAGGCCGCACCCCCACAGCCACAGCAGCAGAACAGCGCCCAGACCAACGGGACGGCCGGGGGCACAGGCGCUGGGGGAGGGGGUACGGGUGCGGGGAUCCAGCACAGCCAGGACUCCAGCCUCAACCAGGUGCCUCCCAACAAGAAACCACGCAUAGGGCCUUCAGGCACUAACUCAGGCGGGCCUGUCAUGCCUUCAGACUAUCAGCACUCCAGCUCACGCCUGAGUUACCAAAGCAACAUUCAGGGAUCUUCUCAGUCCCAGAGUACAAUGGGCUAUUCCACGUCGUCUCAGCAGAGCUCCCAGUAUCAUCAAUCUCAUCAGUCUCACAGGUACUGAGAGGGCUAACGGGCUGCACUCGGAAAGGAACGGACUAAAAGCCAGAAGACUCCAGCAAUAUGAAGUUCAUAACGAGGAGAAGAACCAAAAAUACAAACUAUGAUGCAGAAUUAAAAUUCUCAAUGACAAAAGGAAAGUUUCACUCACUGAAGACUCCCCCCAAGCCCCGUCCCCUGUCUCUUUAUUGCCAUAAAGGAGAUUCUUGUGAAGUUAUCCUUCCUCCCUGCCCUUGCAUGUGCUCCGUCGUGGUUACUCUAAUGAACCCUUCUGAUCUGAACCCAGCACUUAACUUCUUUAACCUUUGGAAUUUUGAAGGAUUCCUGGUGCACCUUCCUUAUGCUGUAGUGAUUGCCAUAAAUCUGUCUUUUCAAUCUCUUUGAUGGGAUUUUAAAGUUUUAAAAUCUUGAACUCCCAGGCUUUCAAGCUUGUAUAUAGUUAGUUUUAUACUAGGCAAACCAGUUUAGCUAUACAGGUAUAUUGCACCUUUUUAAAGCACUAUGUUAUUUUCACAGGAUAUUACUGUUUUGCUCAUGGAUGUCAAGAACAGCAAAAAUUUUACUGUUCCAGAGUAUUUUACUAUUCUGUUUUUAUUAGUCUAGUUUUCAGGCGAGGUCUUAAAUAAUGAAAAUUUAAAAAAGAAAAAUGAAAACAGAGGAAAAAAAAACCCCACCCAAGUCUCUGCAGCAACAGAUAUGCUUCAUUCUUACUGGACUGUACACCAAACAGAAGAUUGCUGAUAUUUCUUAACUCAUUCACAUUGAAUUCUUGAAAUCGCAGUGAUCAUGCUCCGACUAGUUUUAAAUGAAGCAUUAUUUUAAAUGAAACCAGGACAGUCACAUAAAAAGGAGAUGCUUUCAGGAACUGUUGGAACAGAAGAAUGGAAUGUCUUCCCAGGCUGGACACCAAAAUAGUCAGGAAAAUGUACUUACUGCCCUGAAGUCUCAAUAAGAAUGUGGAUGAUGGGCUUGUUUUUUAUGUUAAGCAGAUGAUUAACGUAUGUGAGACUUCUAUAAAUUUAGCUUUCUUUCACAUUCCCGAGUCGGUUUUCUGAAUGCAAAGGUGACAGAAAUACUAAGACUUGUGAAAAGAAAGGCAUUUAAUCAUUUUAUGUUAGGAUUAAUGGUUAAGAGAAAUUAUUGUGCAGUUUGCAAAGCAUGUUGGAAAUUGUUCCUUUUUCAUGUUUAUAAUGCAUAUUCCGUGUCCCUUACAUUGCUGUGAUUAACCCAGAUUAGUUACACCAGAUGCACUUGAUUGCACUGAAAUGUUUCUUUUUCCCUAGAGCAAACAUGUUUUGAUUGAGCCUAAGGACUGUAAGUGGAUGGGUAGCUGGCAGAAAAUCCCCAGUAAAUAAGCAAGAGUUCAGAAGCAUAAUCAGAGGAUUAUUGUCCAACUUCUGCAACGACAGUUACUCGGAGAGACGCGACGUGUAAUUCUGGAUAGCUUCAUUUUGCCUUCAGAAAUAAGGCUAGCUCUUGCUGCAGGAAACCUGCAAAAAUGUAUUUAGAAAGCUGUCAGCAACAUAACAGCAGUGAGCUUUUACAGUUGGGGUCCAGAGAUUAAUGUUACAGGCGUUUACAUUGUGCUGCGUUCUCUUGUGUCCUGUGUCCAUGCAAAAAAAUAUCGCAUCUACUCGUUCUCACUCAGGCUGAAGUUGUGAUCAGACCUCGCAAGAUGAGUAAAUCUGUUUACUCCGAGGAGUAUGCUUUUCAUCAGGGCUAGACACGUUACAUGUUUGUACUGGAAUUGAUCUCCCAGUCACCUGUAGUGCCCUCUUCCUCCUCAAACACGUGUUGUUUUUCAUACCUUUUGUGAGCAGUUGGCUUGCUUUGGCCUUAUCUACUAUCAUGUGUUUUUGACAACGCCCAGCAUCUCUGGAAAAGCAACUAUAACCUACCUUUGUUAUCAAAUGGGUAAGAAGGUGGUGAAAAUUCAGUGAAAAAAUUAUUUCUGGGGAAAAAUAAUCUUCCAAAGGAUACUUUUGAUGAGUAACCCUUAAAAUGCUAUAUAUUAUAUUCACCCUAGUAGCUGAUUUGAAGGGACAGAUUUUAAUUAUUCUAUUAUUUCAAUGUGUCUGGUGUUAUGUUCUUUCCAUAAGUGGAAUGUGUCACCUCUUACUGAUAUUGGGAUGAGGUACCUUUGAGCUGAAAGGUGUUUUUUCAUGCCAUAAAGUAACAUUUACUUUAUACUUUUGUGACUUGAAUGUCACAUUUCUAGAAAUUAACCUUUGUCAGAGUAAUUCCUGUCCUCUCCUAUUCUUUCCAGCCUUCAAUUCUCUCAAAAUCCUUUUGUCUUUUCCAUUAUAGUUAUCUAACAUUUCUUCUCCCUACUGUGACCUCCAGCUGAUCCUCAAAACUCGUAUCACUUCGGGAGGUGUCAGGGAGACAUGUUACCAGCUUGCUUAAUUAAGGUGAGCUCUUGCCAUUAAGGCAAAAAUCAUGGUGUAGACUAAUCUGUACAUGGAGCGUGAAACUUUGCAGCAAUGUAAGGUGCUUUCAUUGAGUCAGCUUCUAGAGCAACUGCCAGGACCUGCCUCUGAGCUGAACUGAAGUUUCUGCCUUGGGUAGGUGUGAUAGACGACCGCACACCACUCCUCUCUAGCAUUUAUAUGCACUCAUGAAGCUGAGAUGACUUCUUCAGUUGCCUUCAAACUCAUAGCUGGGAGUAGAGCGAACAAAAGCAAGAGCACUUGCUGCAAACUGUGAUCUGUGCUCACUCCUGUAGUUCCUUCCUGGUGGGGAAAUGAUUCACUUUUUCUUGGGAGCUUGAUGGGCGUUGCUGGGGUGAAUGUCUGUCACAGUGGGAGAAGUCUGGCUUUCCAGGGAUCAUCCCACAAGGCAAAAAUGCUUCGCUUUUAGAAUUGGAGUGUGCAGUGUGUCAUGGGAAGCCAGGACCACACCGUUUUCAUGUUGUUUUUUUCCUGAGCAGUUUCAUUAGUACUCAUAGCUCUAUCUCUGCCCAUACCCUUUACCCCCUCGCCAAAGUGUUUCAUGCCAGUACCCAGAGAGGCAGUUGACACCAGCAGAGCUGUCUUCUCCAUCCUGGUCACCUGGUGGGAGAGCGGGCUGCUGAGGGCGGCUUUUCCCAUUGUGGCUCAGAGGAAACAAAUGAGUGGGUGAUGAAUGGGAUGAGCAGCCUGGUCCACAUCAGUCAGGUUUAUGUAGCACAAACUGCACAAUGAAGGAAAACUUUAGGGAAAGCUGCGAGUCCUGCACUGUAUCUGUGACACUGUAUCUGGGGAGGGGGAGGGAAGAGCAUUCAUAGCGGGAGGGGUGGCAGGAAGCUAGAAGUGUUCAAAUAUGUAAAAUAUUUUAUAUAAACAUAAGCUUAGUUCCCCUUCAUAAUCUUCAGGAAUGGUACUUUAACACCAUUAAGCAAAGAGUUGUUUUAGGAUUAAAUAAAUGUAUUGUACAUAAGGCCAUACGUAAUCUUCUAAAAAUGUCGCCAGACAGGAGCGAUGUGUAUUACUAUAUGAAAAAAAAAAGUCCUUAAUGCACUGUUAUCUCCUAAAUAUUUAGUAGUAAAUUAAUACUAUUUAAUUUUUUUAAAAAUUUGUCUUGUGUAGACACUAAAAAGUAUUACACAAAAUCUGGACAGAGCAUGUCCUUUUUAACAGCAAUUUAAAGAACUUUUUAUAUAUGUAAGGUAGUACCUUUUCAAAUUGUUCUAGUUGUAUUUUCCCAUGUUUACUAUUUGUGGAAGUGUGCCUGUCUCUAUUUGGUUUGGUUUUUUGGGUUUGUUUUUUUUUUGUUUCUUUUAAUGAUUUCAUGCACGCCUCUUUCGUUUUUGUAGUUUUCAUUUAGAAAUGAAACGGUGUAUGCGCCUCACGCCGCCACAAAACUUUGCCACUCGGGAUCUGUGGUGGCCACGUUCGGCAGUGCCCGUGCCAACGGGCUAGCGAAACCACAGAGCAAAAUAAUUGUUUCUCAUUCUAAAGCUGAGAGUUUACUGCUUUUAAGUUGUCCUGAUGUCACUCUUGAAAUGACUGUUAAAACUAAACUAUGAGUUCAUUGCAUUUAUUUUAUAUUCUUGGUUGUAAUGAAAUGGAAUUGACUUUGCUUCAGUGUGAGUUUUUUAAAUAAAAUGAUAUACAUUUGUAAUAAUAAUAAAAAGUUCAAAUCAAAUAA